AUGGAUAGAAAUAACUUGGCUUUUGACCCUGAUGCUAUAAUGGAUCAACUGGCUGACUCGGAUUUGGGCGAGGACUUUGACGACGAUAAUGAUUGGCAUCCACCUGGUCAGCUAACUAAUUCUAGCUCGGAUAACGAAGACGAGCAAGAAGCAAGAAAUUCAACAGUAGCAAGUCCAUCAUCGUCGAAUAAAUGGAUUCGCAGACGAUUCGUCGGUAAAACCAUGCCUACACUGAUCUCGGAGCCGACGGAAGAAGUACUUACUCCAAGUGAAUACUUUGAUAGGUACUUUACUGAAGAAAUUUACGAGUUAUUUGCUUUUAACACGAAUGUUUAUUAUCAGUCGAGUUUUAACAAACAACUUAAUCCUCCGGUUACUGCGACAGAAAUUAAAAAGUUUUUUGGUAUUAAUGGAAUCCUGGGCUGCAUUAGAUAUCCUAGAAUCAAGAUGGUGUGGAUGCAACGAUUUAGAUCUUGUAUUGCAGAGGCAAUGGCUCGUGAAAGAUUCUUUCUUCUCAGAGUAAACUUACACAUAGUAGAUAAGGGAUCUGUAUCACCUGAAAUACAAACUCAGAACAAACUGUGGCUUGUCCAGCCACUGAUAGAUGCUGUAAGGGGCAGAUGCUUACAGAUACCUAAUCUCACUUUUCAAUAG